AUGGCAGAGGAGGAGCAUCAGAAUCCUGUGGCAGAGGCGAUUCCGGGUAUCCACGAGGUGAAUAUCCAAACCGGGUCCGAGAAUUUCGGGUUAUGCGUCGAUCCGGCGGGUGUUUCUCACGUGCCCGGGAUAAGGAGAGUUGGUUUGAGAGCUGAGAUCGAUACUUCUCCGCCAUUCGGGUCGGUUCAGGAGGCGGUGACCCGGUUCGGUGGUCGUGGAUAUUGGGUUCCUUUCAAGCUCGAAGACAAUUACAAUGGUGUUGGGGAAUUUGACAUAAAGAGAAUGGAAGAGCAUGCGGCAGAGCUUGAGAAGGAUCUGAUUGUGAAAGAGCUGGAAACUCUGGAUGUUCUCGAAGCACUUGGAUCGACGAAAAGGAUCGUCGAAGAUCUGAAGCGGCAGCUUCAUCAAGAGUCCUUGAGAUCAGCUGAGAAUCUCAGUUCAGACAUCAAGGAGAUGAACGACGAGCAUCAUUGCAAUCACAACCCCAUCUCAUCUCCUGAUCUGAUACUAAUGGAACUGAAGCAAGCCAAGAUGAAUCUUGGUAAAACCAUGGACGAUCUCGUGAUGAUCCAGUCCUCUGUUGAGUCUCUGAACAAGAAAAUGAAAGAAGAGAAAGAUUUCCUCGAUAAGACUCGAGCGAAGCUAACAUAUGGGUUUGGAGGAGCGGUUUCUCUAGCUGAGGAGCUGAGACGAAUAAGGGUAAAGCCACAGGUUCCAGAUGAACCACCAAGGGAACAGGUUAAGAUGGUCGCCGAAACCGAUGAAACGGGUUUGAACCAGCAGAACAAGAACUGUCUGAGAACUGCAGAGAUGAGAUUGGUCGCUGCUAGAAAAAUGGAAGAAGCUGCAAGAGCAGCGGAAGCACUUGCCAUUGCUGAAAUAGCGAUGUUAUCAUCAUCCAACGGUGAAAGCGAGGAUGAUUCUGAGUUUUGCUUUCCAGAGCCUCCAAGAUCUCCCAUAACACCGAGAGGGCUAGGAAACGAUAAUGACGUCUCCACCAAUAACAGCUCGAGAAGAGGGAUUUUGAAGAAGCUUGAGGAAGCUACACAAGGAGUUAAACAGAGUAAACAAGCUUUGGAAGCUGCGUUGAACCGAGUAGAGAUUGCUAAUGUGAAGCAACUCGAAGCUGAAACUGCUUUCCGCGGAUGGACUAAAGACUCGUGUAAAGGCGAUAACUUUACACCUUUGAAUCAAACCCGACGCUCCUUUUUCAGCCAUCUGAACAAGGAGCAUGAACCACAUGACAAUCUCCCAAAGCCUGUGUUAAAGUCUAAUGUCUCAAUGCGUGAUGUUCUAAGGCGUAAGCAAGUUCCAAAGGAGGAUGUUGUUGUCCCCGAGAGACAGAGCCUUGAAGGGCAAAUCCCGAGGCGGAAUGCGAAUCUGAGCCAAAUGUUGAAGGAGCUGAAGCAGGAUAUUAAGUUUUCGUCACGGGCCGAGAAAGAGGAGGUGCAGGAGGAGAAACAGUUUGUCACUCAGAGGAGAAAGUUUGGGUUCAUACACAUUACGCUUCCAAUGCAGAAGCAGAGUAAGAAAAAAUCCAGCCUUUAA